AUGAGGGAAGAGAGAGAAACAGGAAAUAAUGUAUUAUCAUGGCCUCUAAUCGGAGAGAAAGAGAAGAAAAGUAGUGUAAAAGAAGAAGUGAAGAAGCAGCUAUGGCUAUCGGGUCCACUAAUCGGCGUCAGUCUUCUUCAGUUUUGCCUUCAAGUCAUCUCUGUCAUGUUCGUCGGCCAUCUUGGCUCUCUUCCUCUUUCUGCUGCCUCCAUCGCCACCUCUUUUGCCUCCGUCACCGGCUUCAGUUUCCUCAUGGGAACAGCAAGUGCGUUAGAUACCCUUUGUGGCCAAUCAUUCGGAGCAAAGAUGUAUGGAAUGUUGGGGAUACAAAUGCAAAGAGCAAUGUUUGUUCUUACACUACUCUCUGUUCCUAUCUCCAUCAUUUGGUUUAACACAGAACACCUUCUUCUCUUCGUCGGACAAGACAAAUCCAUUGCUACACUCGCUGGCUCCUACGCAAGAUUCAUGAUCCCAAGCAUAUUUGCCUAUGGUCUACUUCAAUGCUUUAACAGGUUUUUGCAGGCACAAAACAAUGUGUUUCCUGUGGUCAUCUGCUCUGGAAUCACCACCUGUCUUCAUGUCCUCCUAUGUUGGGUCUUGGUUUUGAAAUCCGGUUUAGGUUUUAAAGGAGCUGCUGUGGCUAACACUAUCUCGUAUUGGCUUAAUGUCGUACUCUUGUUCUGUUACGUAAAGUUAUCGCCUUCUUGCUCACUGACUUGGACCGGUUUCUCUAAGGAGGCUCUACACGACAUCCUCCCUUUUAUGAGACUAGCUAUUCCUUCUGCACUUAUGGUCUGCUUAGAGAUGUGGUCCUUUGAGCUUCUGGUUCUCUUAUCAGGACUGCUUCCAAACCCGGUUCUCGAAACUUCUGUUCUCUCAAUCUGCCUUAAUACAGCAGGAACAGUAUGGAUGAUCCCGUUUGGGCUUAGUGGUGCUGCAAGUACGAGGGUGUCAAACGAGCUAGGAGCGGGGAAUCCAAGAGUGGCUAAGCUUGCGGUGCGUGUGGUCAUUUGCAUCGCAAUCGCAGAAAGUAUAGUGAUUGGAUUGGUUUUGAUACUGAUAAGGAAUAUAUGGGGAAUGGCUUACAGUAGUGAACCGGAAGUAGUCACCUAUGUAGCCUCAUUGAUGCCGAUUCUGGCCUUAGGCAAUUUUCUUGACAGUCUUCAGUGUGUUCUCUCAGGGGUUGCCAGAGGAUGUGGAUGGCAGAAGAUAGGAGCAUUCAUAAAUCUUGGAUCAUAUUAUUUUGUUGGAGUACCUUCAGGCUUGUUACUUGGUUUUCACUUUCACGUUGGUGGUCGGGGCCUUUGGCUUGGAAUCAUAUGCGCAUUGGUUGUUCAAGUUAUAUGUCUUUCACUUGUCACCGUCUUUACGAAUUGGGAUGAAGAGGCCAAGAAAGCAACAAAAAGAGUCGAGUCUUCUUCAGGUGUGAGGGAUGCUCCUCCAAUGGAUCCAUAAUUGUUGUCAUUCUGCUCUUCUUUGGCUUGGCCUAUCUCACUCUUCGUCACUCACGGCCAGCUUCUCUCUGUUUUGUUAACUCUCUUUGUUAUUUGUGUUUCAUCAUCCAAAAGCACACUCACUCCCUCACUCUUUGUUCUCACUUGUGUAUAAUCAUAACACAAGCUCACACUCUCUCUUUACUCUCUAACGUUUCAUCACUCACGGCCAGCUUCUCUCUGUUUUGUUAA